AGAAAAAACGCGAAAAGUCUCUGUUUUCCUUUGCUUUAUCCCCUGUGGCUGCGGCGUGUCCUAGAAGGUGGAGAGGCAACCGGCGGCGGCCAUGGUGGUGGUGGACGCCCUCCACGGCGACUCGGCUGCGGCGAUCGCGGACUACCUCUUCGGUGACGGCGCCGACCUCCAGGCCUUCUUAGACCACGCGGCACUGGAGGUGAAGGCUAGCGGCGGCGGCGGCGAUGAAGGUGAGGAGGAGCUCGAGUGGCUGUCGAACAAGGACGCGUUCCCGACGGUGGAGACGAUGGGUCCGUCGGCGCCGAGGCCGCGGACGAAGGGCGCGCGGCGGCCACCGUGGCAGGUGGCGCCGCGGGCUCCGGUUGUGGCGCACGCUCCGCCGGCUGGGUAGCGGUGCCGGCACUGCGGGACGAAGAGGACGCCGCAGCGGCGCGAGGGCCCCGAUGGGCGCGGCACCCUGUGCAACGCGUGCGGCGUGCGGUACCGGAGCGGCCGGCUCGUACCGGAGUACCGGCCGGCAAGCAGCCCCACCUUCUCUCCGGAGCUGCACUCCAAUCGGCACCGCCUCGUCGUCGAGAUGCGCCGCCGCAGGGAGGCGACGGCUCAAGCCUCCGUCGCCGCCGCUGGCAACGAGAAGGGGGUUGAAAAGCUGGAGUGCCUGUCGAAAAAGGGCGAAUUCCUGGCGGAGCAGGUGAUGCCAGCGGCAGCGGCGGGGCCACGGACGAAGCGCAUGCGACGGCCCCGGAAGCCGGUGGAGUGGCUGGCGAUCGCGUGGAGCCCGCCCCCUCCUCCUCCUCGUGCUCCGGCGGUGGCAGGACGGCGGCCGAGCCCGGAAGGAGGAGCUGGAGUGGCUGUCGAACAAGGACGCGCCCCCGACGGUGGCGACAAUGGCGUCGGCGGUUGUGCGGCCGCGGACCAAGGACGUGCAGCAGUCCCGGCGGAUGGUGGCUUCAAUCCCGCCGCGUCGCUGGCUGCGACGGCGGCGGCAGCGACGGCAGGGCAGCCAUGCCAGCAAUGCGGGACGGAGAAGACGCCGUGGUGGCUCGUGAGCUACAGAAGCAGCUGUAUGGUUCCGGUGCCGCCCGUGCCCCGGGAGCUGCGAUUCGAUUGGCACAACCGCACCAAGCUGCACCGCCGCGCGGUGCGGAUGGCGAAGUUUUGCCCCGCCACGGCCGGUGACGACGAGCUGGGCUGGCCGUCGAACAACGACGCGUUCCCGGCGGUGAAGGCUAAGCCAAUGCCGGCGGCGCGGCCGCAGACGAAGGGCGUUCGGCGGCGGGUGGUGGAACUGAGCCCGCCGCGCACGCCACGGAGUCGACGUGGAGGGGCCGUGGAUGUCGAACAUGGACUCGUCGGUGACGGUGCCGCGGCCGCGGUCGAAGGGCGUGCGGCGGCCCCAGCGGGCGGCGGCGAGGUGGCAGCCGCGCCCCGGGCGCCGACGGCGACCCGGCGGCAGUGCCGGCACUGCGGGACGGAGAAGACGCCGCAGUGGCGCGAGGGCCCCGAGGGGCGCCGGACGCUGUGCAACGCGUGCGGCGUGCGAUACAGGAGCGGCCGCCUGGUGCCGGAGUACCGGCCGGCGAGCAGCCCCAACUUCUCCCAGGGUCAGCACUCCAACUGCCACCAGCAGGUCGUCCAGCUGCGCCGCCGCCGGGAGGAGUCGACCGAGGCCGCCAGUGCCGCCGCCGCCGCACCGGACAAGUGAAGGGUUUUGCUUGACGAUUAGUCUAAUCUGGAGGGUUAAGCUUUUGGCUUCGGGGUUUAGUCAGUGACCAGAGUUUAGGAUUUUUUUUUCUUUGAAAUGGAGACCAGAGUUUAGGAUUACAUAAGGGAGAAUGCGAUGACCGGAUUGGUUUUUAGAUUUUUACAAUUUAAUAUGGAUUAGAGAAGGAAAUGGGCCAGUAGGAAGGCACCUGGCUAGUCUUUUGUGGUUCUUGGGUUUAUGCCAACUUUUUUUUAAAAAAACGAAUUGAGUUUAUGCUAAGUGACCAGUAAAGUUCCAAGAUGAUGGAAGAACAAUAUUAGUGAAGAUUAUGUUAUGGCUUUAUUA